GACGUUGCAUUUUGAGAUUUUCAACUGGCGGUGUUUCUCUGAAACAGAAAUAGGGAGCAACGUGCAAACCGCGACAACCUUCUGACUUUAUAAUUUUCUUCACGAAGUCUGUCAGGAAGCACAGGAACUGUUCAGUUAACAGCAUUACAGAUUCACAUCGGCCUUCUGCAUCAGAGACACUGUCAGUGACAUCAGAGCAGUGUCCUGCUGACCUGCAUUCAAAUACAGGUGAGUCUGAAGUAAGUGAAAUGGGCUCAUUUCAAAAUUUUGAUGAUUUGUAUUUAAGAAAUGUGAGCCUAUUUUAUAUGAAAUUACAAGGACAGUUUCUUCUUCCAGCUUCUACAAUACAAAAUAUUGUAGAUGAGAUGCAAAAUAUUCAUGAAUUGGGACAGACAUAUACUUUUAGUAAGCUACAUUCACUUUUGCAGAAUUUGUCAUUACCUAAUGAGACUAUUUCUCAAAUAUUUGCUACUGUGAAGGAAUCAGACUUGUUUUCUGUGUGUCAUAAAGGACCAAUGCGAACAGAGUAUUCAAGGAGUCAGACCUUUAAAAAAGUGUUUAAAUACGUUGAACCAAAAAGAAUACUUUUAGGUAGAGAUGAGAAUCGGACAGAGCAAUUUGCAUACUAUGUACCUGUGAAAGACUCAUUGACGUGUCUGCUGAAUUCAGAUUUUGGGAGGAAGUUGCACCUGCCUGAAAAAAACCUUGCUGAUGUACUUUGUGAUUGCUCAGAUGGCCAAAUACUGAAGUGCAGGAAUUUCUCUCAAGACAUCCCAAACCUCCAGCUACUGCUCUAUCAGGAUGCUUUUGAGGUGGUUAACCCUUUAGGGUCUGCACGAAAAAAACACAAAAUUUUGGCUGUAUACCUUUCUCUUGACAAUUUGCCAGUUCAUCUCAGGUCAAACACAGAACAUGUGCAGUUGGUUAUGCUGUGCAGAGAAAAAGACUUUAAAGACUUUGGCCAUGAAAGUGUUUUCUCAGAGCUAGUAACAGACCUGAAAGACGUUGAGGAAAAUGGAAUUGCUUUGUCAGAUCAAUCUAGCAUAAAAGGCACACUUUACUGCAUUUCAGGAGACAAUUUGGGAUCCCACUGCAUUGGUGGAUUCACUGAAAAUUUUAGUCAGUCAAGCUAUUUUUGCAGGUACUGUCUAAUUACUAAAGAAGAAUUUCAGGGUGUUGACCCAAAUUUUUGUGGUCCACUGCGCACUGUUGAAAACUACAGUGCUGUUGUUAACCAAUUACAGACCGAAAAUGAAACAGUUAAAGGCAUUAAGUUUGAUUCAGUUUUCAACUCUUUGAAGAACUUUAAAGUUUGCCAACCUGGCUUGCCACCAUGCCUUGGUCACGACAUUUUUGAAGGCGUGUUUUCUUACGAUGUUGCUCUUUACAUCAAAUAUUUUGUUAAAAAUAAGUGGUUCACGUACCCAAUUCUUAACCGUCGAAUCAGGCAGUUCAAAUACAAUGGUUCUGAUGCAUUCACAAAACCUUGUGAGUUAAAUUCUCAUGGAGCUAAGCUAGCUGGUCAGGCCAUUCAAAAUUAGAAUUUCUUACGUCUUCUACCUGUAAUACUUGGUAAUAGAGUUGUGGAUCCUGCAGAUGAGGUUUGGCAAUUAACUCUUCAACUAAAGGACAUUGUUGAUCUGAUUUGCGCUCAGAAGAUUUCAGUGUCACAGGUUGCAUAUUUGGAUGUUCUCAUCCAAGAAUACCUGGAGUCUAGAAAAGCAGCCUUUCCAGAAGUGAAUCUAAAACCAAAACAUCACUACCUUCGACACUAUCCAGGUCUGAUACUCAAAUUUGGUCCAUUGAUCCGAUUAUGGACAAUGAGAUUUGAAAGUAAACACAGUUACUUCAAAAGAUGUACCAGACAUCUCAAGAAUUUUAAAAAUGUGUGUCGCACCCUUUCUGAAAGGCAUCAGUUGUUUAAGGCCUAUUUGGCAUCUGGAUCUUGUCCCCCAUUCUUACAACUGAAAGAUAGUUCUCCGUUUUAUUCUGAGCUUUACAGUGAAACUGUCAAAGAUGCAGUCAGUCCAUUCAGAUUUAGUGAAACACAAACAAGGGUUUCUUCAGAAAUACAGUAUAAAGAAACUGUGUUCAAAAAGGGCCAACUGUUUGUCAUUAGUAAUGAGGAGACAGUGGACUUUGGUGAAAUUAUGCUCAUGUUCAUCACAGAGGAGCAUGUUGAUUUGCUGACCAGGGUGUUCAUAGCAGAUUUUCUUCCUGACUAUCAUUUGUAUUCCCUAAGAAACACCAGUGAAAGGGUUCAGUGUCUGAACAUUGACCACUUGCCUGAUUAUUACCCACUGUCAUCUUACAUUUUGCAAGGUUGUAGGGUAGUUCCACUGAAACACAGCAUAGUGUCUCAUUAGAUCAAUGGAAGCUUGCAUAGUUGUAACACUGGAUUGUAUUGAUAAAACUAAACUAGUUUUAAACUAAAAUAGUGCAAUUCAAACCGAUAUUUUUGCAUCAUAUUUUACUUUCUGUUGUUUGCACAGCUCAA